AUGCAGGCGACACCCGAAGCAUCUGCGGCUAUCUUGAAGCCGACGCCCGAAGCGCCGAUGAUCAUCACGUCGGGGCCGUUCGACUGCAUCAUCCGCAGCCCCGACACGCCCGGCCCGCUCGCGUUUUUGAACGGCCUCCCGUACUUUGCCAUGGCGCAGAUGCUCUUUGCCUUCAACGCGUUCAUCCUCAUCAACUGGUACGGCUCCAUCGGUGCCAUCAUCGGCUCGAUCCUCGCUGUCGGAAGCGCCGUCGUCGACGGCUUUGCGUCCAACAGCUUUGGGGAGAACGUGCGCACGCUGCGCCACAACGGCUUCUCCGACUGGACCGUGCUGAGUGCGAUGGCAUUUGCGAUCGUGCUCGGAGAGGUCAUGAACGUCGUGGUGAUCCAGAACCUCGCGCCCGCCGGGUCGCUCGAAGCCCUCUUCUCGCCGUCAACGUACACGCGCUACACGCUCUUCGGGAUCACGACCAACAUUGCGAUCGUCGAGGUGCUCUUCUACGUCGGCCACAUGUUCCUCCACGAGGCGUGGCCCGAGAUCCACGUGAUGCACCACUGCACGCUCGGCGGACCCGGGGCGAUCGUGAUUGUCAACCACUUUUUGCUCUGGGAGCAAGACCCGACGAUCCUCCUUGUCACGUUCCUCUUUGUGACGUGGGCGUACUCGAUCAUUCACCACGAGUGGUAUGCUGGCGACCACGUCAAGCACCACGCGCGCAUCGACUCGGUCUACACGGUCUACGUCAAGCAUCACGGCGACGCGCGCAAGAACCUUCUCAAGGGCCACAUCCGCCACCCGCCCAAGAAGUAA